CACUGUCAUGGGUCAAAACGGAGCGUCCCAUUUCAUUUUGGUAACGCUGUAAGCUUUCCCCUCAUCGCUCCGCCAGCCCGGCUCUCGCCCACAUACCCCGCAGCCUUAGCACCACAAUGAAACCUCUGGAGACCAGCAUAUCUUUCAUCGACUUUGUGAAAGACGAGCCCGAGCCCGAGUCCGAGCCAAGCCGGAUCCGAGCUCGGCGCACCCCCCGGCCAAAGCCCUCAGCGAUGAGGACCAGCGCGAGGCCACAACGCAACCGUGGUGACAAAAAGCCUCUUCAGGAUGCCGGCCAACAGAAGCGGGCCGAUAUUCCCUAUCGGCGGCCGAUCCGGAUCGGGGACAGGAAAGAUCGCCGCCGAGUCAGCCAGCCCUGCUCGACUUUGGAUGCGGUUGUCAUUCCGUUCAGACCCAUAGAGGAGAUUCGAGCGCAUCUCGACCUGAAAAUCCCCACAUCCCAUCGACUCAAUCAGUUCCGGCGAGAGGAGCUGAGGCAAAAAGAAAGCGAACGCAUGAGCCACAUCAAAUCGGUGAUCGACAGCUUUGAGUCGAUUGUUGCCCAGAGGCAGCAACAUCAUGCGGCUCUGGAGCGUCCGUCGGUUCCCAUCGUCAAUAGUAUCGGACACUCAUCAAAUUCGAUCACGAAAGUGGCGUUCAUGCGAGGUCCAAACCCGAACAAGCUCAGGCAUGACUACGCCAAUUCAACAACCAUCCAGCACCCGUUCGCUCCCAGAUCCAUCACAUGGAUCCCGACCGACCAUUCCAUCAUGGUUGAGGACGACAAAACGAUGCAGUACUUGCCCUACUUCGACUCGGACCCCACCUUCAAAUAUGACCACUCUCUCUAUGAAGAGAAUCUGUUGAGGCGCACCGAAAAGCAUGACACCGAGGAAGGACUCCAUAUGCGCUUUCUGCAUCACUGCUUUGUCGAAAACGGCAUCUCGAUUCAAUCGCUGGACUAUCUGUACAACUAUCUUCACCGCUCUCGUUGGUGGCUCAGAUACCUGAGUCGAAGCACCGACUCGACCAAAGACAUGGCACCCGAAGAUAUCGACCCCAGCGUCGAUCCAAGCGUUGCUUUUGACUUUCAUGUCACCCGAGCCAAGAUUGUGCUGGAGGCCAUGUACCGAAUCAUCCCUGAUCCGGAGAUGUAUCAAAACAAGCGGCGCGGUCCAAUGUUUGGCCUGGCCAAGCGGUUCUAUGAGUGGCUGCUGCCAUACAACACCGCAGGACCUAUCGAAUUCUCGGUAGACUAUCACAUGCAUUGGGAAAUGGGCGACUGCCCGAUCUGCCUCAAAUAUCGGUGCCGAGACCACCUGUUUGACGGCCACGGGUUUCCCGCCGUGCCAACCAAAUCAAGUACCACCUCAGCUAAUUCCACCUUGUCCUAUAAACCGUGUGGAAAACGGUGUCACUUGAGGCCUCAGUACUGCUUGGGGCGAAUGGAAUUCGGUGAAAUACAAACGCGCUUUGAAUCGUUUGACGGCAACGACAGAGAGCUACUGGAGCUCUACGUUGAGGUCAAUGGCUCAUCCGAUCAAAGAAUAUGCGACAUGGUCCAUCUAUUCGACGACAAGACCUGUUUGGACAUUGCUUGCUGCCUGUAUCUCUUGAAGGCACAAAAUAGCAUGUCCCGCAGAAUCAAGCGAAACAUAAACAAGAAGCCACCCAAGACUGACGCAUGCAGUUGUCGCCAGCGGUGCGCUGGUGAACCCGGCGCAAGCUCCAAAAAGAACAAGCGGUGGUGCCCGUGCUUCAAUGCCGGCCGAGAAUGCACGCAAGAGUGCCGCUGCUCUAAAGAGUGUGGCAACAAGUCCUUACAGUGCGGCCAACGCAAGCUGACGCACGUUGGACGGUCGCAACUGCACGGAUUGGGUCUCUACACGAUGCAAGAUAUCCAGAAGCACGAGCUCAUUGGAGAGUACACUGGAGAGGUGAUAUCGUCGGAGGAAAAUAUCAGACGACAAAGCUACUACCACUCCAUCGGGUUCAACUUUUGCAUGGGCACUGGCAAGAACCGGCUCGGAGAGAGCAUCGACGCCUUCCUGAAGGGCAGCAAGAUUCGCUUCAUCAAUCAUGCGACACCGGAAUAUCCUGCCAACUGUGCUGCAAGGAGCAAAUAUGUCUACGGCCGUUGGAGGGUGGGCUGCUAUGCCACACGGAACAUUCGCGCAGGGGAAGAGCUGACCAUGGACUAUGGCGAGAGUUUUUUGAUGGGCGAGGUCGGCUCCGGCCUUCAGCCCAUGGACGAAUAAAGCACAGGCGCAAGACCGGGCACUGCACGGCCCUUGAUUUGCUCCCCUUUUCAAUGGGA